GCCUCCAACAAACACACACAAACAGAGACACCUAUACACACAAACAGAUAUGUACAUACACACACACACAGAAACAUGUACGCACACGCUCAGAGACACAUGUACACACACACACACAGAUACAUGUAUACACACACACAGGCAUGUACAGACACGCAGAUACAUGUACAGACACACAGACACAUGUACAUACAUACACAGACACAUGUACGUACAUAUACACACACACAUGUACAUACACACACAGACACAUGUACACACACACAUACAUGUACAUACAUGCAGACACAUGUACAGGUACACACAUGUACAUACACACAGACACAUACAAUUGUACAUGCAUACACAGACACACACAAACACGUACACACACACACACACACACACCCCAUAAAAAGUUGCAGUACUUCGUUGUUCACUCACAGAUCCAGGUACUGCACUCUAGGGGGAGGCAGAGAGCACAAUACACACUCCUUGCUUUGCUUUCACUGUGCUCAGCUAGUGAGCAGUCUGAUGGCUCCCAGUGCCAAUGACAGAUCCGGCCUGAGCUCCAAGCCUGCUCAGCAAGAUGGCCCUGGGGGACACACUCGCCCCCACCAUAAUUUCCACUCACCAUUGGCGAGCAGGCGAGUGGAAAUUUCAAGC